GGGAUGAGCAGAAAUUCAUCCGAUUGGCGGUCUAGCACCAGUCGGCAGUCCUACCGUCAAUGAGAAGAUGGCCGCUGGGCUCGGUGGAAGUGUCGCCAUUGUUUAGUGUUUAGUUGUUUCACCCGUUUCUCGCAUAAUUUUCGUCGGGAAGCACGUUAAAAAUGCCAAGCGCCUCGUUCACAUCAGGGCGCCACUACGUGCGAAGAUCCCGGAGAAAAGGCGCGAACAGGAUCCCUCUGCCUUCGAGAACCACCUCGGCCGAGGCAUGCGAUUUGCCAUGUUCAGCAUCGAAUCAGAUACCUCCUGGUGGUGGAGUUGGCGGUGGAGGAGGAGGAGGAGGAGGUGGAGGUGGGGGUGGAAGCGGUGGAAGAGGAUCUUCUCCCAGUGUUUCAGGUGUUGCAGCACCGUCACCUUCCCCAUCGCAUUCACAUUCUUCCCCUUACGACUUAAGGCGUAAAAGUCCACCUCAUCCGGAUCCAGCUCCUGGUACCAGCUCUGCCUUACCUCCUUCGGGUGGCAGUAGUAUCGGAGCAACUCUAGGUUCUUCCUCCUUACCAGCCAGAAAACGACCUAGGCGGACAUGUUCAUUAUCCACAGAUGGUACAAACACAAACGCCGCAGCACAUUACCUUCAGUACGAGUUGCCGGACGAAGUGCUGCUUACUAUAUUUAAUUAUCUAAUGGAACAAGAUCUGUGUAGAGUUUCUCAAGUUUGCAGACGUUUUCAAGCGAUCGCGAACGACACUGAACUAUGGAAGUCUCUGUAUCAGCAAGUUUACGAGUACGAUUUACCACUAUUUAAUCCAGCACCUUGUAAAUUCGAAUUCGUGUCUCCGGACGAAUCGGAUUACCACAAUCCAUGGAAGGAGAGCUUUAGACAAUUAUACAGAGGAGUGCACGUCAGGCCGGGAUUUCAAGAUCUGAAGGUCAAGGGACGGAAUUUGCCAUACUUUAAUACUGUUCAGGCAGCGUUAGACUAUGUAGAUGAAUAUAGAAGCAAUAGUGGUUCCACGUCGAACAAUAGCACAAGCACAACCGGCCAGGGGAAUUGCUGCGGAAGUAAUUCCCAAUCGGAAGAGGGAGCACCUCAACAUUUAGUUUUCUUACACGCUGGUAUAUACAGAGGCGAAUUUCUUGUAAUAGACAGCGACGUCGCAUUGAUAGGAGCGGCACCCGGAAACGUGGCAGAAUCGGUUAUACUCGAACGAGAAAGUGAGUCUACAGUUAUGUUUGUAGAAGGAGCAAAACGAGCUUACGCCGGCCAUCUCACGUUAAAGUUCACCCCUGACGUUACCAGUACGGUGCCGCACCAUAAACAUUACUGUUUAGAGGUCGGCGAAAACUGCAGUCCCACGGUGGACCACUGCAUUAUUAGGAGUUCAAGUGUUGUUGGAGCAGCCGUUUGUGUGUCGGGCGUAGGAGCCAAUCCUGUGGUGAAGAAUUGUGACAUAUCGGAUUGCGAGAACGUUGGAUUGUAUGUGACCGACUACGCGCAAGGAACAUACGAGGACAAUGAAAUAUCUAGAAACGCGCUGGCUGGUAUCUGGGUGAAGAAUUACGCGAACCCAAUCAUGCGGAGGAACCACAUCCAUCACGGAAGGGACGUCGGCAUAUUCACGUUUGACAACGGCCUGGGUUACUUCGAAGCCAACGACAUUCACAACAAUCGGAUAGCUGGUUUCGAGGUGAAGGCCGGUGCUAAUCCAACGGUGGUGCAUUGCGAGAUUCACCAUGGACAAACGGGUGGGAUCUACGUCCACGAGAACGGUUUAGGUCAAUUUAUCGACAACAAGAUUCAUUCGAACAACUUCGCCGGUGUUUGGAUCACCUCCAACUCGAACCCGACCAUACGUAGGAACGAAAUUUACAAUGGUCAUCAAGGGGGCGUAUACAUAUUCGGCGAAGGGCGAGGCUUGAUAGAACACAAUAAUAUUUACGGAAACGCUCUAGCCGGCAUUCAAAUCAGAACGAAUUCCGAUCCCAUCGUUCGACACAACAAGAUACAUCACGGUCAACACGGCGGUAUAUACGUGCACGAGAAGGGACAAGGUCUGAUCGAGGAGAACGAGGUGUAUGCAAACACAUUGGCAGGUGUAUGGAUAACCACCGGAUCUACGCCUGUGCUUAGAAGAAACCGUAUCCAUAGCGGGAAACAGGUCGGCGUUUAUUUUUAUGACAAUGGACACGGUAAAUUAGAGGACAAUGAUAUUUUCAAUCAUUUGUAUUCGGGAGUACAAAUAAGGACUGGAAGCAAUCCAGUGAUACGUGGGAAUAAGAUAUGGGGCGGACAGAACGGCGGCGUUCUUGUGUAUAAUAGCGGAUUAGGUUUACUCGAACAAAAUGAGAUUUUUGAUAACGCGAUGGCGGGAGUAUGGAUUAAAACCGAUAGCAACCCUACGUUAAAAAGGAACAAGAUAUUUGAUGGACGAGAUGGUGGUAUUUGUAUAUUUAACGGUGGUAAAGGUGUGCUCGAAGAGAAUGAUAUAUUUCGUAAUGCGCAAGCGGGAGUGCUUAUUUCUACACAGUCUCAUCCUGUACUAAGGAGAAAUCGAAUCUUCGAUGGAUUGGCAGCCGGCGUUGAGAUCACAAAUAACGCGACCGCCACGCUAGAAUUUAAUCAAAUUUUCAAUAAUAGAUUCGGUGGUCUUUGCUUAGCAAGCGGAGUUCAACCGACGACUAGAGGCAAUAAGAUAUUUAAUAACCAAGAUGCAGUUGAGAAAGCAGUCGGUAACGGCCAAUGUUUAUACAAAAUUUCGUCGUACACUUCCUUCCCUAUGCACGAUUUCUACCGCUGCCAGACAUGCAACACGACAGAUCGCAAUGCAAUUUGUGUGAACUGUAUAAAAACUUGCCAUGCUGGUCACGAUGUAGAAUUUAUUAGACACGAUCGAUUCUUCUGUGACUGUGGUGCUGGAACUUUAAGUAAUCAGUGUCAACUUCAGGGUGAGCCAACGCAGGACACAGACACGUUGUACGACAGUGCAGCACCGAUGGAAUCGCACACGCUUAUGGUCAACUAGGAAUUAACCUAAACUAAAUAAAACAAUCAAACGACACUGAGACAGCCUGUAAGUCCAACACAUUGUAAAACACGGAGUAAUUUGUUGCUGAGUUCUUUAUUAUGGCACUUGUUCCUUCGCGUCCCCGUUGUGAUUGUUAUAUUUUUUUUUUAAAAGCUAUAGUUAUUGUUAACAUGUUUCAAUUAACGGCAAUUUCAUCGGCAUCGUUAUCAUCGUCAUCGUCAUCAUCAUCAUCAUCGUCAUCAUCAUCAUUAUUGUCAUCGUUAUUUCUAUUACCAUUUGACCAUCCAUCCAUCUCACUGUCAUUGCUAUCGUCAUAGUCAUCGUGGUGGUCAAAAUCACUCAUUUAUCGCAUCAGUUUGCAUGAACUCGUGGAUCAUCGUCAUUAAGAAAUAUUAUAUUUUUUUAUUAAUAAAUUAGUGCCCCAUCUUGACGUGUAUUUCGACGGAAGACGGAUGUUCGUUGCUGAAUAAGAUAAUUAAUGAAUGAAGAUCCGAUCUUUUCCAAUGCAAACGCAAGUAUUAUUCGAAUAAAGGAAACCGUAUCUUCGAUUUUCUCGCGAAUCACGUAAUAAAGAACUCCGCAACGAAAUGAGCCAUCGACGUUUAAAUAAUCAAGUGACAAAAGAGAAGAAACACACGGGACUUCCUCUGUAAGCCGAAAAGAAAAAAAAACCUAACGAUUAUAACGUCAAAUUUAUUUAAAACGUGCUAACCGAAGCGACGAAACACUAAACAAAUAAAAAAAAAGUACGCGAUAAUAAAUCAUACAAAACCGGAAUCUCCAGCUUCCGGGAUCCGACUUCUAAGUUCACACUUCAAAAAAGGGAAACAAGAGAAAAUAAAAGAGUGCAGUGUGAGUCUGUGUAGGAAACGAAACGAGGUCUAAAACGAAAGCAGAAGCGAAUCCGAAACAAAAGGAACACAUGUGUAUACGUUUGGUAAAUGGAGACACGUGACGGUCGGUGAUGUUUUAAUACUAAGCAAACGUGAAACGGAGAGGGGAAAUAAAACUGUCUUUAAAUAAAGAAUUUAAAGGGACGCUCGUGCAAUGCGAUGGCAUUGAUUCAUAAAACGAAAAAUAUCAAUUUAAACAAACACAGGAAAGCAGAUAAGCGAGAAGAAUGAAAGAAAUGUUUAAUGUUUAAGUCCACACGAUAUAAACACACAGUGUCGCGAAUGUAAAUUGUGUAUAUCGUAAUUAAAAUGAACGCGAUCAAAGCGAUCGAUUAAAAGAAAAAAAAAUAUGGAACGCCGCGCCGUUUAUGUGUCUGCGCGAAUAACGUUCGCUCUCGUUCGAGACUUUUUUUCUAAAAAAAGGAAAAUAUUAAAAAAAUAAAAAACAAACAAAACCGAAAAACUAGCCAGUGUAAUCACAGAGAACGCAGAUAGAAAUUGAUCACGGGGAACGAGUGCGUAUUGUGUAUUUACGAACGAUGAAGUUGCAGGGGGACGAUCGACCCGGACUCUCUCAACUGGAUUAAUUGCAGGAGGGAAUCGUACGAACGAGAGAAUUAAAACGGAGCGAGUGCGACUUCGGUGAAUAGACACGCAUGUGAAGAUCAACGGUGAACGAUCGUGGAGACGAAAGGAGAAAAAGAAUAAUGUCCGAGAACAACGGGGAAGGCCGGAGACGAAGACGAUACCCAAUGAACGACAUGCUGGAACAGAUGUCUAAAAAAUGUGAUAUUGUAAGAUUCACACGACCGGGGAAAACAAUAAUCAAAAUGGAACAGAAAGCAAACGAGAAAAAACGUCUAUUAACGCGCGAUUCGAAAUAAUUCUUUCCUUUCUUUUGCUUCUUUCUUUUCUCGUUCUUGUAUUGUAUAAGAGGUGUGUGUGUGUACCUAUGUAGCACACGCGUGCGCGUAUACAUACACGCAUGCAUGCAUACAGUUCUUCGAUUGUAUCCUGCGCAUUGUGAAUAGUGAUGGCCCUAAUCGCCGUAACGUGGGAAGAGAUGGGGGUAAAGUGCAUGUAAUAAUAACUGAAAAAGACAGAGUUCUAAAUGGAGAGAAAAAAAAAUGAUAAUGUCUCGAAUCUUCACGGAGUAUUUACAAGAUUAAUCACGUGCGGUCGAUGUAUACCAGUGAGAAAAGCGACGAAAUAUUUAAAACGAUAAAACAUAAAAAAAGGAAAACAAAAAGAAGAAAGAAAGAGAACGAUAGAGCGGAAACCGAUGUAUACUGUCGCUGAGGAACAGUUUUUAAAACACGGAUACGGGGGGUGGGUGGGGUGGGGGAUAAUAAUGAAAACUCGAAAAUGUAAUCUCGAAUUUUUAACGAAAAGUAAUCCGACUUUUUUUAAUAUUACGUUUAGCGGUAAAAACAAAAGAAGAAGUCUAAUCGUAUUAUUGUAAUUGUGUAUCGGCAGGAGCGGCGCAGCGUCGCGUCGCUUUUGCGAAAAAAAAAACAAACGGACAGAAAGAAAAAAAGAGAAAGAGAAAUCGCAAAAUGAACGAAGCGCCUAUUAGCGAUAAUUUUAGACACGCGACCCGCAUCCACUUGAAACGAGGCACGAACGUUUGCGAUACGUGUGGUUUUAGGUUUGAUCGUUCGAUUGAUGUAAUAGGUAAUCGUCGAUCGCGGAACAGGGCAACAAAAAGAGGAGAAAAGAAAGAACGAAAACAUGUUCGCACGACGAGAUUUUUGCCUGCGAAUAGAACGGAAUGAAAGCAAAUGGGAAAAAAAGAAAAUCAAUCUCUCUCUCGUGAUUCAUUGACUGUGUACCGUACAUCGUUGCACGUACCUUUUUUUUGUAAAUGAUUGUUCUUCUUGUCUCUGUUUUUUUAUGUCUCUCUUUCCUUUUUCUUUUUUUUUCCUCGGCAGAACGGGUGAACGGUGAGAAUUGCCUUUGAACGCGAUUACCGACUUAAGGUCUGUAGUAUUAUUACACCGCAGUGUCAUAUUAUAUAUAUAGCGUAACUGUAUCGAAAUGUUUAACACGUUAUAUAUGCGCACUGAGAGUGAAUGGGAUACGCAUGAGAGGCAUGGCGAAGUCAAAGGCAUUUUUCAUGUCGCGUGGCAUCACACAGAGAUCAUGAGAACGGGAAUGCGAUCAUUCCUCGCGUUCCCUCAGCGACAUACAGAUUCCUUUUACAGUUAAACUGUGCUCCGUUAUUUUAUUUUCUAUUUGUACAAUGCGUCCCCCAUCUCUGGAAUUAUUGCUCUACUGUUCGGCUGUUUCUUUUUUGUUUUUUCUUUUGUUCCUUUUUGUAACACCUCGUUUGAAACUUUAAGCAUAGAAAAUGCGUGUUUUCAAACGAAUGUACGCACGAAAAUUACCUCAUAUUAAGAGAAUGGAAAACGAAAAAGAAAAACAUAAUUUGCUAGAAGUUAUCGAGCGAAUGAAAACUGGAUGUCCUUCUUUGGCGCGCUCUCUAUACACACACGUUGUAAUUAUGAUUAGCAAAAUUUAUUCGUCGAUCGUUUUAGUGCUUCAUAUUCUUUUUUUUUUUGAUACUGUCUCGAGUAUUAUUUACGAACUGUUAAAUAUGUUUAUUGUAACUAACCGGCUACUGAAAUUAUAAGAUAGACGAUUGCGAUUA